AGUGCCCAUGGAGACACCGAGGCUCUGUCCAGGAAUGUGCUGGCUGGCCAGCCUGCUGCUCCCACAGCUCCUUGACAGCGCUGAGCCUCUCAGACACAGAUCUCACACUCACGCUGCCUGGUAAUGAAGCGAUCUGGGGCGCAAACGCCCCAUCAGUGUCUCCAGAGGGUAACAAGAAAGAACAGGUGUGUCUGCCAUUUUCCAGCCUAGUUACCAUCUCCACAAGGUGCAUGGGAGAAUGGUAGAGUGACCCUAAGAUCAUGGUCUACACAAUGACAUGUUGGUUUCCAGUCCUGGGCCUCCAUUGGAUUCUUCUGAGCACAGCCCCCAUGGAGGCCUGCCCGGCACGCUGCGAGUGCGCUCCUCAGAUCAAGUCCGUGGUGUGUCAUCGCAAACGCCUCACCUCCAUCCCCGAGGGGAUCCCCACCGAGACCAAGAUCCUGGAGCUCAGCAAGAACCGGAUCCGCUGCCUGAACCCAGGGGACCUAUCCUCUUACCCUUUGCUGGAGGAACUCGAUUUAAGCGAGAACAUCAUCGUCAGUGUGGAGCCUGGAGCCUUCAGCAACCUGUUUCACCUUCAGAUCUUGCGGCUCCGAGGCAACCAGCUCAAGCUGAUCCCUUCUGGAGUCUUCACCAAGCUGACCAAUCUCACCCUCCUGGACAUCAGCGAGAACAAAAUAGUCAUCCUGCUGGACUAUAUGUUCCAGGACCUGAGGAACUUGAAGAACCUGGAGGUGGGAGACAAUGACUUGGUGUACAUCUCCCAACGGGCUUUCUCUGGCCUCCUAGGCCUGGAGCGGCUGACCAUAGAGAAAUGCAACCUGACGGCCAUCUCGGCCGAAUCCCUUUCCUACCUCCAAAACCUGGAGGUCCUGCGGCUCCGACACCUCAGCAUCUCCGCAGUGGAAGAUGGGAACUUCAGGAAGCUCUACAAUCUCCUGCAACUGGAGAUCGACAACUGGCCGCUGCUGGAGGACAUCUCGCCCACCAGCUUCCAGGGCCUAAACCUCACGUCGCUCUCCAUCACCUACACCAACAUCACGGCAGUGCCCACGGCUGCCAUGAGGAACUUGGUGUACCUCAUGUUCCUGAAUUUGUCUUAUAACCCCAUCAGCACUGUGCCCAAGGGCUCCUUCAAGGACCUCAUCAGGCUGCGAGAGCUCCACAUGGUGGGUGCCUUCUUGGUCUCCGUGGAGCCUCAAGCAUUUGCUGGCUUGAGGCAAAUCCGCCUCCUCAACCUCUCCAACAAUUUCCUCUCCACCCUGGAGGAGAGCACCUUCCAUUCAGUAAACACGCUGGAGACACUGCGUGUGGACAGGAACCCGCUGGCCUGCGACUGCCGCCUCCUCUGGAUCCUACAGCGCCGCAAGACGCUGAACUUCGAUGGGCAGCAGCCCAUGUGCUCUUCACCCCCUGAGAUCCAGGGCAACGCCCUGCGUGACUUCCCAGACUCCAUACUCUUUGAGUACUUCACCUGCCAAAAGCCCAAAAUCAGGGACCGAAAGUUGCAGCACAUAACUGCCCGUGAAGGGCAGUCUGUCUUCUUCUUCUGCCGUGCAGACGGAGAGCCCAUUCCUGCCAUCAUUUGGGUCUCCCCUCAGCACAGGAUGAUCACCACCAAGAGCACUGGGAGAGCCACCGUCCUGCCCGGGGGCACGUUGGAAAUCCGCUUUGCCCAGGUCCAAGACAGUGGCACCUACAUUUGCAUCGCCAGCAAUGCCGGAGGCAACGACACCUAUUUUGCCACCUUGACGGUCAAGGGGCAUCCCGUGGACGGCUCCCUUUAUGCAAACCGGACCUUGUACCUCAGCGAGUUCAACGACACCUUCCACAACAACACGCAAGUCUUCUUAAAGUUUACACUGGACCUCAAGACCAUCCUGGUCUCCACGGCCAUGGGCUGCAUCACUUUCCUUGGGGUCGUGCUCUUCUGCUUCCUGCUCCUCUUUGUGUGGAGCCGGGGGCGGGGACAGCACAAAAACAACUUCACCGUGGAAUACUCCUUCCGCAAAGUGGAUGGCCCCACCACCACUGCCGGGCAGGGCAGCGCCAGGAAGUUCAACAUGAAGAUGAUCUGAGUGGCUCCAAGAGGAGGGUGGUUCCUAGUCCACUGCCUGCCGCCAAAUGGGGCCCUCCAAGGGCCUGGCAGGGGGUUGGAGCAUCCUUCCUUUGUUUUCCAAGUGAGCACUUCAUCUCGUCAGGUGGCUGCGCUUCCCUGAGGGUCGAGGCAGUAAAACUCACGGCGGAACCUAGCUGGGACAUUGGCUCGAUUUGACCACAAGGGCUUGGAAGCAACUGGGAGGAGCGAGUGUUUUUCCUCAUUGGUCUUGCCACACAACUGAACUGAGGAGAAGCAUCACUGGAAAUGGCCCCAGGUGCCUCCCGGCGGCUUAUUCUCAUUUCUGAGCACACUCCCUUUCUUUGAGCUGUUAGGACCCACCCAUGCCCAGGUCCCAGAGGACAAGAGCGGGCCAAGGAGGCAUGCACAGCCCUUGUGGGUCAGGGCCUCACAAUGAAGCUAACAUUCUUUUGUAUCAACUAUGCAUUUUUCAGACCAUGAGCAAGCAGUGUCUGGGCCCGGAGAACCGGCUUCCUUUUUUAAGAGACGAUCUGGAAUCCUUUGUCGGUUGUUGUUUAUGGUUCGUUUUUAAUUUGUUGUUUGUUUUUUUUUAAUGAAUUUCCAACAGAAGUCUUCCUGUGCGACAAAGGACUAACCCGCAGCGCAGAGCG